UCAACAUAAAAUAGCCAUAUUAUCCAUGGCGAUGUAUUCAGCUGCUAGCUAACAGGUACAUAGAGAGAAAAAGUGUUUAUUUCAGUCAACAAAGGCCGCCCUGAUACGAGGUGAAAUGAGUUCAGUGCUCCGUUGUGCGGUCGGUGGCGCUGGUUUGUGUCUUGUGUUUGUCGCUAGAUGGCAGAAGGAGUCCAGUUUUCUAGGGGAUUAACGGGCUCGUAGGCUAUCGUGCUGCAGCCUGAUUAUUUUGUAAUAUAACAUCAAGUAUAAACCAUGAGAUGGCUUUAAAAGGCAAAGCGGUCGACUCGAAGACAGUGCUCUUCAAUCUGCUGCUAUGCCUGGUCAUAUUUUACUCUCUUUUCUACAUGAUUGGGAGUGUGUGCUUCGGUGCCUUCAGGUUGGAUCACUUUGACGGACUGAUUCCAUUUGACUUUAAGACCGAACCUGCUGAAUCUAACUCCAAAUAUUUGGUGAACCUCCUGUCCUUGGAGCUCACCUACUUUUGCAGCGGCCUUUUGUUUGCUGCAGUAGUGAGGAGACGGGUGUGGGACUACGCCCUCACCAUCACAAUUCUGCAUGUAAUGAUCACCAGCCUAGUGAUGUUGGAGUUUCCCACGGUGUGGCAGUGGUGGCUGGCUUUAGGUAGCGGCUUGUUUCUGAUGAUCUGCAACGGUCAGCUGAUAGCUUACUUCACCUGCCAGAGUGACCAGAGCUACGCGUCCUUCAGCUUCUACUGACAGACAGGAAGCUGCUCUGUGUAUGAACUGUUUCAUAAACGGUCUUGUGAAGUGAGGUAGAAAGGAUCAGACCAGAUUCUCUCAGUAUGGAGACACCCGUUAAAUUCUCCACAGUGUUGGGCUUUUUGUGUUUGUCACAAAAAAACUCACCAUCAUACAUAAUGUCAGAGCUGGGUCCAAUUUGUGUUUAACAGUUGCCAACAGACUUGGCAUCCUAUUGUUUUUUUUGUAAAUGCCACAAGAAGAUGUUCUGUAUUUUGCUUGUGAUGCACAAUGCCUCUGUUACUAUACAGAGUUUUAAGGCACCCUGUAAAGUAAUUUCAGUAACUUUUGUAAGCUGUGAAUGUAAUAGCAGAACGGGAAAGUUGCAAUACAUGUUUGUUGUCUAUUUCAAAGAGAUUAUUGUAAAGUGUUAAAAAAUAAAGCUUCAGAUUGUG